UAAACGUCAUUGCAACCUGAACGUGUCUGUGUUGAAUGCUGCCCGAGCUGGUGACGGUAGGCUGCCCUUAAUUACGUGGGGCCCUCAAGUGAAAGGAAGCCUGGGUCAUGUCUCUCUGUAGAAAAAGCUUCCAAGCUCGCCAUUUUUAAUGGGUCCUCUCCUCGGUUUACAGAGAUCUUCUGUAUCUUCCUUUGUUUCGUUGUCGCAGAAAGUUGUUAGCUUUUAAUAUAAGCAAGUCUUCAUAUCUUUCAAUUGUUAGUUGGUUAUCGAGUAUUAAUCCUUGGCUAUAUGGCUGGAAUUUGUUGUGGUGUAGUUGGGGAGAGCGAGUCUGCUGCUCCGGUGGAGCCGAGUUCGCGAGCAGCCCGGCGCCGGCGGAUGGAGCUUCGGGCUCCCUUCAAGUUUAUAUCGCCGCCGUUAGACAACGGCGUCAGAAGGCGGAAGUUCGAGAUGGUUCUGCCUCGUAGCCAGGGGUGCGAGAACACAGUGGCGAGCUGCGAACAUAAAAGCGCAAUGGGAGAGAACAAGGUGGUAGUGAGUUCGAAUUUGAGAGCUCAAAACGACGCCGUGCAAGACGUUCCUAGUUUUGGGAUGACCUCCGUUUGCGGGAGGAGACGGGACAUGGAAGACGCCGUUUCGAUCCACCCCUUGUUUUGCGAGGAAGAGUCGGCAGCAGACUCUAACGGAAUUCACUUUUUCGGUGUAUUCGACGGCCAUGGCUGCUCUCAUGUUGCGAUGAGGUGCAAAGAGCGGUUUCAUGAGAUAGUGAAGGAAGAGGUGGAAAGGAAAAGGAAUUCAUCGCCGGCGGUGGAGUGGAAGGAGGCGAUGGAGCAGAGUUUCGAAAGGAUGGACGCGGAGGUGAGCGAGUGGUGCACCGGGAGCACCCCGGCGGCUACGACAACUACAUGCCGCUGCGAGCUUCAGACUCCGCAGUGCGACGCGGUGGGUUCAACCGCCGUGGUCGCCAUCGUCACUCCGGACAAAAUAGUUGUCUCUAAUUGCGGCGAUUCCCGUGCCGUUCUCUGCCGAAACGGCGUUGCCGUUCCCCUCUCUUCGGACCACAAGCCGGAUCGUCCCGACGAGUUAUUACGAAUCAACCAAGCCGGUGGACGCGUGAUUUACUGGGAUGGCCCGCGAGUCCUCGGCGUUCUGGCCAUGUCUCGAGCAAUCGGUGACAAUUACUUGAAGCCGUACGUUACGUCGAAGCCGGAGGUGACGGUGAUCGAUCGGACGGACGAAGACGAGUGUCUGAUUCUGGCAAGCGAUGGGUUGUGGGACGUGGUGUCAAACGACACUGCAUGCGGGGUGGCGCGCAUCUGUCUGCGCUCGCAGGGCGCUUCGUCCCCGCCAUCUCCGCCGGAAACGGUGAAUUCGGGAGAUGCCGGCGAGAGCUCCAACAGAGCGUGCUCCGAUGCGUCGAUAUUGUUGACGAAGCUGGCGUUGGCCAGGCACAGCACGGACAACGUGAGCGUUCUCGUCGUAGAUUUGAGAAGGAAUCGUCGGGAAUAAUCUGUUUGGUAGAGGACUGUAAAAUCAACGGUCAUAUUUUGGAGGAAAAAGUAAAAUAAUUUUUGUGUUUGUUAUAGUAAAAUUUGCAGGAAGUUUCUCUUUAAGAUGAAGAGGAAAACAUGUGAAAAAAAAUUGUAUCUAUUUUAUUGUUCUUUUAAUACACAUAGGGGAUGAAUUUGUUCAAACGAAAA